AUGUUGCAGAUGUCUGAGUCAUCACUGUUUUUACUGAAUCGAUUACUAAAUUCACCUGGAAGUCUAUGUGAGUCACUACCCGGAGAUCUGAUUGAACCGUAUAUUCUGUCUCAGGGUGCGCGAGGUGGCCGAGGGGCGAAGGGGCCAACAGGGAAAUCAGGAGAAAAGGGCAUCUCCGGAAAUGAUGGACCCCCAGGAUCUGGUGGAGAAAGGGGACCUCAAGGGCCGCAAGGAAGGAAUGGAGAGACAGGACCGAAAGGCACAAGCGGUCCUUCAGGGAAAGACGGACUUCCAGGUCAUCCAGGUCAAAGAGGAGAGCCGGGUUUCCAUGGGAAGACGGGGCCUCCGGGACCCUCAGGUGUAGUGGGGCCACAGGGCAAAUCAGGUGAAACUGGUCUAAUCGGGGACCGAGGUCACCCGGGGGCCCCAGGGGUUCCCGGAGAGCACGGUCUACCUGGGGCUGCUGGGAAGGAAGGUGGAAAGGGCGAUCCGGGUUUGCCUGGGUCUUCUGGGAAGAGCGGUCCUGCAGGAAUGAAAGGGUUCAGGGGGAGCAGAGGACCCACCGGACUCAUAGGACCUCCUGGUCUGAAAGGAGGGUCCGGACCUACUGGAAUAUCAGGAGGAAUAGGGGCCUCAGGUGAGCGGGGCCCUUCAGGUGCCGCCGGGGCCAUCGGACAGCCGGGCCGGGGCGGAGCCAUCGGAGGACCUGGAGCGAUGGGAGAGAAGGGCGAGCCUGUAAAUACAGCUACAACUUUAUUUUUGUGUCACUGUAUCGAGAAGCUCUUUCACUAUGUGUUGCCUUUGACUUCAUCAGUUUUCAGUGACGAUGCGACUGAAUGA